AUGGGAGGAAAGAAGCUGGAGUCGAGUAUAACUGCACGUGAUAACAUCAUGGACUUCUUGAUUCGUAUGGAUAAGUAUCUGCAAAAUACAGAAGCACCAAGUGAGCUGCACCUGAAGCUUCGAUUGGAGAAAUUGGAGGCAAAGUGGAAUGAAUUCGAGAAAAUACAAUCAGAGAUCGAGGGCACAGAGGAGUAUGAAGAGAACAUCGAUCAACACCGGCAAGUGAGGGGAGAUUUCGAAGAAAAGUAUUUUGAGGUAAGGGCAGGGUUGGAAGGAAAAUUACCACGGGAAAUACAGCAAACCGCAAACCAAAAUGUUCCUGCGGCUGCCACUGGUGGUGAACACAACAAUGUUCAUACGUACGUCCGUCUGCCGCAAAUCAACCUACCCGAAUUCGAUGGACAUUACGAGAAAUGGCUUGCGUUCCAUGAUACUUUCAAGGCCCUCAUCGAUUCUUCUCCGGAACUUGGUGACAUACAAAAAAUCCACUAUCUCCGGGCCUCUUUGAAAGGUGAUGCACUAAAACUAGUAGAUUCGUUUCCUAUGAGUGAUGCUAAUUAUAGGGUUGCUUGGGACAGUUUGGUAGCACGGUUUUCAAACAAAUAUUUGCUGAUGAAGCGCCAUCUGAAUGCUUUGUUUGAGUAUCCCAAAAUGCGGAAGGAGUCAGCAAGCAGUAUUCAUGAACUCAUCGACUGUUUUGAACGAAAUACUAAAAUUUUGGACCAAUUGGGAGAACGGACAAGCGGCUGGGGAGCAAUACUGACACAUCUGAUGGUUUCCAAGCUUGAUGACAUCAGCCAAAAGCGAUGGGAGGAGCAUGCUUCGAGCGUCGAGGAACCGCGCUUUCCUGUUCUUAUAGAAUUCCUUAAGAAACAAACUCGGGUGUUGGAUGUAGUUUCAGUAGAUCAACGAUUGUCAACUUCAAGUAGUUCGUUUUCAACAAACACUUACAAAUAUCGCCCUGCCAAGGUUUCCGUCAACUCAGCAACUGAAAAAACACUUCCCAACUGCAUGAUUUGCAACGAACAACACUACAUCACACAAUGUCCAUCUUUCAACGGGUUACCAUUGGAUAAACGACUACAGUUUACAAACUCCAAACGUCUUUGCAGCAACUGUUUGGGGAGAAAUCAUCUUGCACGGGAUUGUCCUUCCAAGUAUCGUUGUCGAACCUGCUCUAAAAAGCAUCAUACGCUAUUACAUCCUGGUUUUCCUGGUUCUGGUUCCAUUUCUUCGGUUUCCACAGCAGACAUGGCCUUGCGAACUGCAACUCCUUCAACUUCUAGCGGGGCGCCGAACUCUGGUAAUUCUGGUUCUAGUUCGGUUCCAACUGUUUCUUCAAACUUAGCGAUGGGAGCUCACAGUUCGCAUGUUUUUCUCUCGACGGUCCUGUUGAAGGUAAAGGAUAAAUGGGGAAGAACUCAUCUCGCUAGGGCUAUCUUGGAUUCUGGAUCGCAGGUCAACCUCAUGACGGAACAUUUAUGUCAAUUGCUAAAGUUACAUCGAAGCGAUAGAAAGGUGGAGAUUAGCGGUAUAGGACGUUCUAGGAAACAAAUUGCCUAUGAAGUGUCCACGGUUAUCAGCUCUCGUGUCAAAGAUUUCUCACAGCCAAUGGAUUUUUUGGUUAUGGUUCAGGUCACCGACGAUCAACCUUCUUCAUCUCUGCCGCUGGCCAACUGGAAACCUCCUCUGGAAAUGGAAAUGGCAGAUCCAGAUUUUUUCCUAUCUGGACCAAUCGAUAUUGUUCUAGGAUCGCAAUUCUUCUACGACUUCCACCUUCUUGAUGGUGGCCGGCUACAGAUACGGAAAUUCGACGGCACACUUCCAGUGUUCGUCAACACGGUAUUUGGAUGGGUAGCCGCAGGUGAAUCAGGUUGCAACGGGACAGAUUCGAAGGUCAGCUGCCACCUAGCAAUAACGGACUCGUUAGACAAAAGUAUCGAAAGAUUCUGGAAUAGGCCUAUAGAGGAGUUAACUGAGCAAAAACCAAUGUCACAAGAAGAAGAAGACUGCGAAAAUUAUUUUCAACAAACUGUAGAACGGGAUGGAACUGGAAGAUACAUUGUUCGGUAUCCGAAACGUUUGGGAUUCGAUGCGAUGAUCGGCGAAUCAAGGAGCAUAGCAAUGCGACGGUUUCAACAAUUAGAGCGACGUUUGGGACGAGACGUUGACAUUCGGAAACGCUACAACGAGUUCAUGCUAGAGUACAUCCGUUUGGGGCACAUGAGGCUUGUUGGUACCGUUGAAAACCUAAAUGAUCAUGAUCGUACAGUGUUCUAUCUUCCACAUCACCCGGUGUUCAAAGAAGCGAGUACUACUACGAAGUUGCGCGUAGUUUUCGAUGGUUCAGCAAAGACUACCACAAAUCAUUCGCUCAACGACGCACUGCUCACAGGACCGGUCAUACAAGAUGACCUUCUGGACUUGAUGCUGCGUUUUCGGAAACAUCCAAUAGCCCUGGUAGCGGAUGUGGAAAAAAUGUACCGACAGAUCCGUAUACAUCCAGAGGACACUUGUCUCCAACGAGUCUUUUGGCGUUUCGAUCUUUCUGAUCCAAUUGAAGUCUAUGAACUGCAAACAGUAACUUAUGGUCUGUCACCCUCGUCGUUCCUGGCAACUCGAGUGAUUCAGAAACUUGCCGAAGACAUCGGAUAUCGAUACGAACAUGCAGCUUCAAAGAUAUCAAAGAUUUUUAUAUGGACGAUUUCAUUUCGGGAGCGGAUUCAAUCGAGCAAGCACGGGUGCUCCGGCAAGAAGCACAAGCAUUGA